AUGACCUUCGCGGGCUCCGCGCGCGCGCUGGACGACACCUCGUGCUUAGAGUGCGGCGGCAAGGGCGUCGUCGCGUGCGACAUGUGCGGCGGCACCGGGAAGUGGAAGGCGCUCAACCGCAAGCGCGCGCAGGACACGUACGAGUUCACGGAGUGCCCGCAGUGCUUCGGCAGAGGCGCGCGCGUGUGCGGCGUGUGCUUCGGCACCGGCGAGAGGAACGUCCGCGGGCUGCUGCGCCGGCCGGAGUCCACGGAGCUCGUGAAGGCGAUGCAGCGCGGGGAGCUGAGACCGGGCGACGGGAUGAAGCUGUUUCAGGAGGGCAAAGACGCGGUGGCGGCGCGGGGCGCGGACGCCGCCGCCGCGGGCGCCGCCGCGGGCGCGGGCGCGGUCGCCGCCGCGGGCGCGGGCGCGGUCGCCGCCGCCGUCGGCGACGUCGUCGGCGACGGGAGCGGCGUCGAGGCGGCGGCGGACGCCAUGGAAGGGGCGAUGGAGGCGGUGCAGGACGUCGUCGACGCGGUCGCCGACGUCGCCGCCGACGCGAUCGGCGCGUCGCCGGAGGCGUGA